UAUAUAAGUAACAAUUAACAACCCGCAAUUCUAUAAAAUAUACAGUAUACUUUUGCUAUUAUAUAUAUUUGCUAUAAUUAAACGUUUGUCCUCUUAUGAGUUGAUGUUCAAUAACACUGUUUUUUUAUUGAUUUUUACGUAUGACUUGUUGAAUCAUGUUGGUUUUACAGUCGUUACUUUUGUCUAUCAGUGUCGAAGUUUUCAGUUAUUUUAAAGCUAUCUUUCAGCUAUUUCUUAAGUCGGACGAUCAAAAUGAGGCAAAUAUAAUUAAAUUGACUACUCAAGACACAUGUGUUUGUACAUUGGACGAGUUCGGUUUGAGGUUUAUUCCACCAAUGUACGUGCAAAGAUAUAUGGCUGUGCAGGAAAUUCUUGAACAUUCUGUAUGGAAUAAGUCUAUAAAGAAGGUUAUAGAUUUUGGGUGUUCCGAAUUUGGUUUGUUCAGAUACCUUAAACCAGUCCCUGGCUUAGAAUCGAUAAUGUUGGUUGAUGUCGAUGAACAGACUUUAGAAAUGAAUCAGUCAAGAGUCUUACCAAUUAACUAUGACUAUUUUGCAUCUUACACUCGGAAGGUCCCUCUGACAGUUGAUAUUUACCAAGGAAGCGUGGCUGAUUUAGAUGAUAGAAUGUUGGGAGCUGAUGCUGUCAUUUGCAUUGAAUUAAUUGAGCAUCUUUAUUCAGACGUUUUGGCUGCAGUGCCUUACACAGUUUUUGAAUUCAUUAAACCAAAAUUAGCAGUUUUUACUACGCCUAACGUAGAGUUUAAUGUUUUGUUUCCUAAUUUCACAACAGAGUUUCGGCAUUAUGACCACAAGUUUGAAUGGAAUAGACGACAAUUUAAAGAAUGGAUUAAAAGUAUAACUUUACGUUAUCCUGAGUACUCAUAUCAGAUAGAAGGUAUUGGACCUACUCCUCCGAAUACGGGAGAUAUAGGUUGUUGCACUCAAAUGGUAAUUUUUUACCGUAAAGAUAUGCAAGAGGCUGAUACUCCAUCUCUGGAAGAUACAAGUUGUGACGAAAAUACUCUCAAGUUUCUUACAAGUAAGAAACCAUACAAGCUGUUAAGAAGAGUCCAUUAUCCAUAUGACGAACAAAAUGAAAAUAUUCAGAAAGAACAGUUUGUAUUUGAAGAACUGAGAAAAUUUAUUAGUGAAACAACGUCUAAUAGCGAUUUUAGAGUUGGCGAUACUAUUGAAAUACCAUUGGACAGAAUUUUGCCCAUUGUAUCUACUUAUUGUUCUUCUACUGACGAACUUAAUGAUAUUAUUAGUAAAUUUUAUGAAACAAAGAAGAAUGAUUGCAAUGCGUGGAUAUUAACAAAAUGUGUAUCAACUGAAUCUGAUUAUUACAAUAAUUCAGACCUGGAUGAAGACGUAUCCCAGGGUUCAAAUAAUCUAUUUGAGGAUGAUAUAGAUACAAACGAAAACGAUGAAGAAGAUGAAUGGAAUCCUCCUUCAGACGAUAACAUGGUUUUUAACGAAUCCCAACUUUGUUAUUCCACUCCUAUGUCCAAAAAAUCGAGGUCUGAGGUGAAUAGGGAAAAUGUAGAUAGUUACAGUACUGAUUUUUCAAACUCUGACUUAUAUAAAACUGCCAUUGAUGAUAAGAAUGAACAAAUGGAUAAUGACAUGGAACUAUCGUUAAGUUGCAAUAAUAGCUUUGUCGUAGACAAUUCAUCGUUAUCACAAGAUUUUAUGACAUGUGAGAAUAGUUCAAUAAAUAACGAAGAUACUUUGAUUAUUGACUAUGACAAGAAUGAGAAAACGGAUAUAAGUCUAGCAAGUAGCAAUGGUAAUUAUAAUGUUGAUGACUGUUCUGUUUAUGGUGAUUUUGCCAGAGGUCGAAAAAAUUCAAAGGUUUAUGAAGAAGAUUUAACGAAUUUAAAUAAUAAUAAAAAUGAUGAUAAAGAUAUGGACAUAUCUUCUAGCUGCAAUAACAGUCUUGUUAUUGACGAUUGUGCCGUUUAUCACGAUUUCUUGGUUAAAAGGGACAGUUUUUCGAAAAUCAAUGAAGAGGAUACCUGUGCGAUGAACGACACCGUGAAAUAUUGUGAAAAGGAAUUAUCAAAUGAUUGUAGCAAUAGUGACAUAGGCCACGAAACCGUGAUAGAAAUAAAUAGAAAUUUAUCCUGUGACGAUAUCAAAAAUUCCAAUAAUGCAGAACAACUCGAGUCUACUAAUAAACAAAAAGAUAAUUUUGAUGGGAAUAAAAUGGUGCACUCCGAAAAAAUAAAUAGUCAACCUGAUACAAUGUCUGUAAAGAAAACCAAAUCAAACAACAAUAGAUAUGAUAAAGAUUUGCCAUCGUCUUCAGAUAAAGUGACAGAGUUAUGAGUUAUUGAUUAAUAGUUUUUUAAUAGCUCGUUAAAUGUAUUUGUAGUUUGAACUCUAGAGUUUCGUACAUCUUUGUUUGAAUUUCAAUGUGAUCUAUGUAUAAUUAUCAUUAAAACUUAAUUUAUUUUUACAAUUCUUUAAAAUAUAAUAAGACUGUAUACUUUAAUGUUCUAAUAAUAUUCAUUAAUUGACAUUGUUCCUAUCAAAUUGUAACAUAAUGAAUCUCAUAUUAAUAAUUGUUGUACAAAAUAGGAAUCUGGAAUAAAGUGGUUAUAGUUUUUAAUUUAUAAUCAAAACACAUUAA